AUGACGAUUUACGGCCAGAUAAUCUACAACUUGACGAUCUACGGCCUGAAAAUCUACGGAAAGUACGGCCUGAUGACGUACGGCCUGAUGACGUGCGGCCUGAUGACGUACGGCCUGAUGACGUACGGCCUGAUGACGUACGGCCUGAUGGCGUACGGCCUAAUGACGUACGGUCUGACAACCUACGGCCCGACCACCUACGGCCCAACGAACUAUAACUUGACGACCUACGGCAUGACGAUCGGUGACAUGACGAUUUAUGGCUUGACGAUCUAUGGUUUGACGAUCUAUGGCUUGACGAUCUAUGGCUUGAUGAUCGUUGUUAGCCUGGCGAUCACCGGCCUACAGUUUGACGACUUGACGAUUGAUGGCCUGAAGACCUACGGCUGA